UCCUUUCCUCGCCCUCAGCACGCUCUCGGCCGCCCCCGAGCCAUGCACCGGGUCCCCACGGGCGCCGUGCCGCUGGGGCUGGCGCUGCUCGUCUGCGGGGCCCACGGCUUCCUCCUGGGCAACGUGACGCAGCUGGAGAGGCUCCUGGGCAAGUACCAGGGGGCCGAGCCGCACGGCCGCGCACGCCGUGCCAUCCCCCACGCGGACCGCGAGGAGAUUCUUCUGCUGCACAACAAGCUGCGAGGCCAGGUGUACCCCCCCGCCUCCAACAUGGAGUACAUGACCUGGGACGAGGAGCUGGAGCGGUCGGCGGCCGCCUGGGCCCACGAGUGCCAGUGGGAGCACGGACCCACCCACCUGCUUGUGUCCAUUGGGCAGAACCUGGCCGUGCACUGGGGCAGGUACCGCUCUCCCGCCUUCCAUGUUCAGUCCUGGUACGACGAGGUGAAGGACUACACCUACCCUGCCCCGCACGAGUGCAACCCCUGGUGCCCGGAGCGCUGCUCGGGGGCCAUGUGCACCCACUACACACAGAUCGUCUGGGCCACCACCACCAAGAUCGGCUGUGCCGUGCACACCUGCCCGAGGAUGAGCGUGUGGGGCGAUGUCUGGGAGAACGCCGUCUACCUGGUCUGCAACUACUCCCCCAAAGGGAACUGGAUUGGAGAAGCCCCCUACAAGAGUGGCCAGCCCUGUUCAGAAUGCCCCCCCAGCUACGGAGGCAGCUGUAAGAACAACCUGUGCUACCGAGAAGGGACCCACCCCACAAAGCCUGAGCCGGAUGAGGCGAACGAGGUGGAGACGGUGUCCAGCCCCGUGGGGACGCAGGACUGGGCCCCGCCCCGUGCCACUCCUCCCCGGAAGCCGGAGAAAGCCCCCGCCGUGAGCUACAUGGCCCAGACCGUCAGCUGUGACACCAAGCUCAAGGACAAGUGCAAAGGGUCCACGUGCAACAGGUACCAGUGUCCGGCGGGCUGCGCGCGCAGCAGGGCCAGGAUCUUCGGGACCCUGUUCUACGAGAGCUCCUCCAGCAUCUGCCGGGCGGCCAUCCACUACGGCGUCCUGAACGACACAGGGGGGCUGGUGGACAUCACCAGGAACGGGAAGGUCCCCUUCUUCGUGAAGUCCACAAGGAACGGCGUGGAGUCCUUGAGUAAAUACAAGGCUUCCAGCUCAUUCACGGUGUCAAAGGUGAAAGUGCAGGACGUGGACUGCUACACCACCGUGUCCCAGCUCUGCCCCUUUGAGAAGCCGGGCACCCACUGCCCGCGGGUCCGCUGCCCGGCAUACUGCACAGACGAGCCAGCACACUGGGCUCCCGUGGUCGGAACCAACAUCUACACAGACAACUCUAGCAUCUGCAAGACGGCCGUGCACGCGGGGGUCCUGCCUGCAGGCAGCGGCGGGCUCGUGGACCUCAUGCCCGUGGACAGGAAGAAGGCCUACGUGGGCUCGUUCAGGAACGGGGUGCAGUCGGACAGCCUGCGGGCCCCUCGGGACGGAAACGCCUUCCGGAUCUUCGCAGUCAGGCCGUGAGCCCGUGGGGAGAAGGGCCGACCGAGGGCUUCGGGC